ACUUCACAUAUUGUUUGUCUUAAAAUUGUUUUCAUCUGUUUUUUGUACGAUGGCCAGCGAAAAAUCCGAAAAGGCCAAGAUAAAGGCUCAGAUCAAGCAUGUGCCGAAGGAUGCGCAAGUGAUAAUGUCCAUACUGAAGGAGCAGAAUAUCCAUGACUAUGAGCCACGCGUGGUCAACCAAUUGCUGGAAUUCACCUUCCGCUAUGUGACCUGCAUUCUGGACGAUGCCAAGGUGUAUGCGAAUCAUGCACGCAAGAAGACCAUCGAUCUGGAGGAUGUUCGCUUAGCCACGGAUAUGGCGCUGGACAAGAGCUUCACCGGUCCAUUGCCGCGCCAUACCCUGUCGAAGGUGGCAGAGAUACGCAACAGCAUGCCGCUGCCACCGAUUAAGCCGCACUGCGGCCUGCGUCUGCCCCCCGAUCGUUACUGCCUCACCGGCGUCAACUACAAGUUGCGGGCCACAAAUCAGGCCAAGAAGAUGCCCAAAUCGGCACUGGAAUCGCGCUCAUUGAAGACCAUCGUGAAGCCCGUGGCCAGUGCCAAUGGGCCGAAGCGUGCCCACUCUGUGGUGGCGAAGCAGCAGGUGGUGACCAUACCCAAGCCCGUCAUCAAGUUCACGACCACAACGAAGAAUGUCUCUGGCAGUGCGGACACGAAGCCGGACACCAGUUCGGGCGGCGACAUGAAAAUGGAAGUGGACAGCGAUGCGGUGGCCGUGGGCAGCAUUCCGAGUACCAGUGCCACCAGUGCAGCCGGCGUCGGCUCCGGCGUAAAGCGAGAGCGCGAGGAGGAAGAGUUCGAAUUUGCUGCUAACUGAGCAGCGAGCAGAAAUACAA